AUGGACUCGAUCUUGAACAACUCGUCCUCCGAUAAGUCGUGUUCGCCCCCGGGAUCGAAGGCCUCCACGCGCGGUACCACGCCCGAUUUUGACCUAUUAACAUCGGCUACGAGUGGAAACAGUGGAAUACCGAUUUGUAGCAUGGAGACCCCAAACCUGCUCCAAGCAAAGGGCUACCGGUACCCCGGCGAGUUGCCUACCACAGCCUUUAGUCGAUUCAAUCAGUAUCAGCAUCACCAACAGCAACAACUCCCAAUGAGACAUAUGCUCCUUAAUGCCGGAGCACAACGCAACCAAAACACGCCGAACUGGCGGAUGAGUAUGAACAUUGACACGGGUCAGAGCCAGAGCCAUGGUCACUACCAUACACUCAGCUCGACGAGCGGCAAUGAAAGCAUGGUUUUGGUAUCUUCGGCAGCGCAAUCUCGUCCUACAGAUCCAGGUCGAGACAGAAUGGGCAUCGACACGACUGGAUUCUUUGCCUACUGCCUUGAUCGUGGAAAUGGAAACUAUACUAGGCUCGUUCCUGCCGAUUCACUGCCACCCUUGGUGGGUAUUCCGGCUGUGCAGCAUGGGGCUGAGGGCAUGCUUGUCCUGCCUGCACCCUGUGGACUAGAACACCAGAAUCUAACUCGCGGCAUCGUACAGCCAGUUGCUUUCAAGACCCCCUCUUCAUCACCGUCACCGGUAUCUGAUGCUCUUCAGAAGAGAAUCGAUCAAAUCAUAGCCGAUUCCCCCGCUCCGCACAAGAAGCCCAAGAUAUACUGCGACAAGUGGGUUCAUGAAGGCGUUUGCGCCUUCACGCAGCAAGGAUGCAAAUACAAGCACGAGAUGCCUCUGGACAAGGCCACCCAACACUCUUUAGGACUGUUUCAUGGGUUACCAACUUGGUGGAAGAAGCAGCAAGCUGAGCUGCAACGACAGCCACAACAACAGCAGCAAGAAGGAAGCAGUCUUGAUACAUUCCACGACAAUAGGCUGCCACAGCGAGGAGUCUUGGCGUCACCGGUGAGCCCGGCGAGGGCAUCUCAGUCUUGGAGACGGCUUGAGGACGUGAAGAAGCAAGGCAGGAUGAACGCCACAUCACCUGAAAGACAUAAUGGAGGUGGAUAUGGGACCUCUGCUGAGCAGAUGACGUCUUAUCAGCAGAUCAUAGACCCCCCCAUCUCGCCGUGCGUCUGGGGCCCUAUCGGUCCCCCGUCAAAGCAGACAUCUGAACAUGCACAGAUGUACCACCGUGAUCUGGAUACCUUCAGCGCUGAGAGUCAUUUUGUUUUGCAGAGCUCUACAGAGGACAGCACAAAUGGAAGAGGUGCUGGCCCGCGAUUCGACUCUGCCUGA